CAACACUCCCCACUUCACUACCUUGGAGCAGCAAACACCAACCGGAACUCACCCAAGUACCGAAGCCGCUUAUUUCCGGCGCCGCUAGUUACAGACAAGCGAUGGCGAAGCCUGUGGGUGGCAGUGGUCGUUCUCAGAGGGACUUGGAAGCUGAAAUUGGAGGAGUGAAGUACAAGGGAGUGCGAAAGCGGAAGUGGGGCAGGUGGGUCUCCGAGAUCCGGCUCCCCAACAGCCGCGAACGCAUCUGGCUUGGGUCCUACGACACGCCGGAGAAGGCCGCCCGUGCUUAUGAUGCGGCCGUGUUCUGCCUCCGCGGCCGCAAUGCGAGGUUCAAUUUCCCCCACAGCCCCCCCGAGAUAUCCGCCGCCUCGUCCCUCAGCCCCACCCAGAUACAGGCCGCCGCUGCCCAAUUCGCCAAUUCGGCGGCCCACGCUUCCGACGACGACGCGAGGGAGCACCCGUCGGCGUCGGAGUCGUCUCAGAUGUCCGACGUGGCAGCAGCGGCUGCCGAGAGCGGCAUGGGGAGCUCGAGCGCGGGCAUUGACUGGCCGGACUUGGAUUGGUUGCUGGAGGACUCCAGUGAGAGCGGGUUCAGCCUCAGUAGGGAUUGUUCCAUGUCAUUCGACGAGUUCUCCGGCGACUUCGCCUUGCCUCCGGUGGUGGACCUGGAGGAGGAGGAGGCAGGCGGCCUGGGAUAUCCAGAGCAUCAGCCCCUGCUCUGGACAUUCUAAGUUGGACUCGCGCCAAAUUCCGGCGACCGAUAGUUUAGGCUUCCUACCGGAAGGAAACGAACCCUUGGCACAUUUUUUAAUGCCAUUCUUUAUGUCUGCUGAAACAAUUCAAUCAAUACGUACUGUAAACUGUUGAUAUUGAGAUUAAUUGUACUUUAAUUAUGCAUAUAAUUUUCGCAA